CCACCGGGGCUGCAACUUAUUCGUGACCUUGGUGAUAAAGAAUUCCUCCAGCUCCUCGUCUUCUGGUUUCAGCAUAUCACAAUGGGCGCACGAGCUCAGGGACUCGAAGAAAAGCUAACAAGCAGCACGAAGGAGGUAAAGCAUGCACUCAUGAACCCCACCGAUAAUAGAAACUUGAUUGAGGCUUUCGUAGAGCACCACCAAAUCCAAUCCCCUGGGCUGAUUUUGGCGGUGAGGAGAGCAAGUUGGUUCCCUACAAAAGUUCCAGAAGUCUAG